UUACUAUCUCGACAGUACUUCCGGCAAGAAUUUUCUCUCAUUUUCUCUGAUACAAAAAUGGAUGGAAAUGAGAAUCAUUUAAUAGUUAAUACCACUGGGGACAGCUCAAAUAUUAUGAACAGUAUUAAUCAUGUUAAUCAUGUUAAUGGUGAAGAAAGCAAUUCCACAACAGAAAAUUUCCAUUCUGGAAUAGGUCAGGUAACACAUGUAACUUAUCUAAUUUCUGGAGAAGCACAGCAUAAUAUUUUACCUGAUAUAAGUGUAAAUUCAUGUGAAUCACAGUCAGACAUUUCCAUUAUGUCUGAUGUUGAUGUUAAUUCUAUUCCUGAAGGUGCUGUUGUCAUAGCAACAACAGAUGGAGAAAUUGAGCAACAUUCUAUAACUUUGCCAACAGAAAACACAAUUGAUGACAAUGAAAAUACUGUUGCCAUGGCAAUAUCAGACAAUGACCUUAAACAUAAGGUCAUUUUGCCUGCAGACAUUGAUGACAUUGGUACACAAGUCAUAACAAUUCCUAUGGAUAUGUUACAAUAUAUGGAUGGGAAUGAAGGGCAUGUCAUCACCAUACCAACAGAAUAUACCUCUUUAACAGAAGGUGAAGGUCAACAGGUCAUCACCAUGCCAACAGAAUAUGCAAAUACAAAUGGAAACGACUCUGGACAUUUCGUCACUGUAUCAUCUGAAUAUGCGGUAAAAAAUGAAGAUGACCUUGGACAGGUCAUCACCAUACCAACAGAUUCUGUUAGUGAAGUUGACCUUGAAAAAAUCCUUUCCAUGCAAGGUGAAGGAUCAGAAAUGGAAUCUCAGCCUCAUAUUAUUUAUGUUUUGUCAAAAAAUGAAUCAGAAGUCAAUGGAGACAGUAACAAGACAUCCUUCGUUGCUAUAGUGCCAGAAUCAACAGAAGAUGCUGUAACCAUGGCAGCCAAUCAUAUUGAAGAUGAAAGUUUAACAUAUGUUGCCUUGACACCAGACUCUACCCAGAAUGCCAUUCCCAUUUCCUUUCAAGAGGAAGAUUGUACUUUAUCCUUGAAAGAGCUCUCAGCACGAGAAAGGAGCAGAUUGAUAAAAAGGGCACAGAGACAGAAUACAGUUUUCAGGGAGAAAGAAAGAGGGAAAGUAAGGAAAAGUAUGCAAGAUAAAAGGAAGGAUCCAGCUUACAGAGAAUUGGAAAGAAAAAAAGACAGAGAAAGAAGACGUUUGUCGAGACUAACAAAUGCCUCUUUACGGGAAAAAGAAAGACUAAGGGACAGAGAAUAUAAAAGACGACAAAAAAACGAUGAUAUAAAGAUUAAAAAUAAAGACGAUGAUCUUCAAUGUGAUUCUUUAGUUAGAUACAUGAACGAUAUUGAUGAGAAAUGUCAAUUAACGAUCAGUUGUAAACUUGAUGAUAGCUCUGAAGAUAAUAUGUAUAGCUUUAAUGAUAAAAGUGCUUUUGAUGAGGAUCUGCAGACAUCUAGUCUAAGUGUUAAUGGUGAUAGAACAGAUCUGAUUGGUCAAUAUGGAGAUAGUGUACUCCAAUCAGAUAUCUUGUCUGAUAAAGACUCAGAUUCAAGACAUUAUAUACCAUUUAUAACAUAACAUAACAUUAAAAAAUCUCAGUCAUAUGCAACCUUCUAGUUUGGUGUUAAGGAUGGUAUAACAGAUCUGAUUGUUUAUUUUGAGAUAGUGUCCUCCAGUCAGAUAUCUUGACUGGUAAAGACUCAGAUUCAAUACAUAAUAUACCAUUCAUAACUUACCACAAGUGCUUUUGUUGUUGAUCUGCAAAACUGCUAGUGUAAUUGCUACAGGUGAUAGAACAGAUAUGGUUGGACAAGAUGGAGAUAGUGUUCUCCAAUCAAAAUUUGACUAAUAAAGAUUCAAAUUAAAGACAUUAUUCAUAAAAAUUACCAUAUAACAUUAAAAAUCCCAUGUUACAAUAAUUUAUAUGAAUAAUUAGAUAAUUGUACAAAAUAUGAUGAAUUUGCAAAAAAAUCAAUUAAUAGACAUCCAUUCGUAUUUAAUCGAUUGGUAAAAUUUAAGCAUGCUUAGUGGUGCUUUAAACAUGUUACUUUGUGCAUAGUUGAACUGGAAAUCUGUGAUUAUUGAACUUUUGUUAUCCAUCAAAAUUCAAUUGGUAUGUUGAACAGAAAAUAAAAGAUAAUAAAAAUUUUCAUAAGAAUAGAUCCAUAGAACAAAUAUAUUUAUUGCCUUUAUUUAUUGUCAUGUAAGUGUAUUUCUGUUGAACAAUAUACAGGAAAAGAAUGAGUGUUACUAUAUGUGUUGUGUUUGUCUCCCUUUCAUUAAAAAGUGAACUGAUAAAUAAAAAUUGUGUCACUUGA